ACAUAUUGAUUAAGCUCUUUACGUAUACGUAUGAAAAAGGAAUUAAAGAUAAUGUAUUAAUCCUAAAAUGUUCAGUAUUCGGUCAUUUGUUUGUUCUAAUGUGAAAUACUUAUGUCAGUCUUUUUUUCUGUCCCUAUAGGCUACACAGAAAUAAAAACAGAAAUGCAUCUGAGGGUUGUGAUCUUCUCCCUGUCAUUCUUGACAACUUCGGCAUACCGACUCCACCGCGACACCAGGGAGGCCACCUGGACGGAUUUAAAGGUCAACCAGGCGUACGACAAGACAGAGCCCAGCAAGGACGUGAAUCAAAUCUACAAGACCAACAUUGACGGCGCUGACCUCUACGGCCCGGAUGACCUCGGCAGCAAAAACCCCGUGGCCGAGGAGAUGCAGCGCAAGCUCAACGUGGAGUCGGAGCGUCUGCGCAUCCGUCUGCGCCAAGAGCUGGCCGAGCUGCGGGAGAGGUUAUCCUCGUCUCCGGCCCAGCUCGCCUCCGCUCUGGCCGGCAUGAGGGAGCGAUUGGCUCCGCUGACCUGGCAGCUCCAGAGCUCUCUCAGCAGCGGCACCAAAGACCUGUGUGGCCAGCUGAACCUCUAUCUGCAGGGCCCGGAGACGGCGGAGGUCCGGUCCAAUCCGGCCUCCUCUCUGAACCAGGGCGCCGCCUACCGGAUGAGCCAAAGCCUGGAGCGCGGCGCCGCCAAAGUGGCCGUCCUCAUUAGCGACUUCCACGCAAAAACCGUCGGGGAGAUCGAACGCCUGAAAGAGGUCGGCGCAGCGGCUCAGUCGGACCACUGGCAGAAAAUCAUCCUGAGGUUGGGGCAGGAAGUGAGCGCGCUGAGGACGGAGGCGCAGAUGAGGACGGGCUCUUUCCAAGCGGAGCUCGCCGCUCUGAUAGGAACGGCGGCGCGACCCGGCGAGGCCGAUGUCACCGCGGCCAGCGCGGAGCGGUUCUGCCAAAACGCCGCCGCGCAGAGCCACGUCUUCCAGGGGAGGAUGGAGAGGUUGUUUCAGGGGCUAGAAGAGGAGCUGGAGGUCCCGGGAGCCUCGAGUCUGGCUCCUGUUUCCUCUUCCUCAUCGUUGCAGGAGGAUUUCUCAGAGAAAUUAUCAGCUCUGAUCCGAGACAUUAUGCAUUCAGUGCAGUGACGGAGACGACGGUCAUUGUUUACCCCCCAAAAAAAGACCAAUUAACAGCCGUGUGGACUUAUUAAAGUGAAUACAUUGACAUGUAUUCAUGUCCAUGCAUUUGGUCGGUUGGUUUUUUAUUGUACCAGAAAAAUAAGAAAUAAGUAGCCUGUAAAUAUUAAGUGUUUUUUUUGUUUUUAUUCUGCAUGUAAAUGUCGGCAAAUGUCAGUAUGUGUUUACCGUGCGUGUAAUAUCAACCACAACAACAUUUCAGAUUUUAUUUUUAAUAUGUACAAAACAGAUCUGACUUGUGCUCCAAUAUAUAUAUAUAUAUAUAUAUGUAUAUAUGUAUAUAUAUAUAUAUUUUUUUUAUAUGUAUAUUUAUAUAUAUAUAUAUAUGUAUAUAUAUUUAUAUAUAUAUACGUGUGUUUAUAUGUAUAUAACUGUUUGUAUGAUACCUAUAACAUGUGGUAAGACUGUCAGUUGGCGGACUUGCAAAGCAUUAAAAAAUGAUAACAUAUCGUAUUAAAAUGAACUGUUCUUAAAAUGCUUA